CUCCAAUUCAUGGAAAUAAAUAUUAUUGUUAGUUUAAAAGGUUAUCCUAAUUAUUAGUUAAUGUCUUACAAAACAUUUUAUUAUGACAUUUCAUUAAUUAUGUAAUAUGUAACUAGGAUUCAGUUUAAUACUUAAAAGUAAUAUUCAUAAAACGAAAGUAAUUCUCUGGUCUAUUUCCAUAUGAUGUAUAUACAUGACAAAGAGUGCGAUAGAAAUACAAUGAAAACAGAUGAUAAUUUACAAGCUAAUUCUACAGUUGUUGUAGCUGAUUCAAUGGUACAAAAGAAAAAAAAUCUAGUGAAAUGUAUGGAAACAUUGGAUGAUUCUUCGAUGACACUAGAAGAACAUACUAUAAAAAAGAAGUCUGAUUCGAAGGAGAACCUAACUCAGAAAAACACAACUUCUACAUCCAGUAAUGAUUUCGCAUCAAAAGAUCCAAUAUCCACUAUUAUGUCACCAAAGGCUGAACGAUAUGUUCGUAGAUGGUUAACAGAUGCUUCACCAUUAGAGCGCACAACUGCAUUGGAAUUGAUAGACAAGCUCUACCGUGAGACAAACGAACAAGAUCAACUAACUGAUACUCAAUUUCAAAUCGUUAUGAAACGAGUUAAGAACAUUAACCGGGAUCAAAACAAAACACCACACCCCGUGUUUUCUCGAAGUGAUGGUUCAACGCAUCUCAAGUAUUUAGAUCUACUGACUAAGCAAGAAAGAAGGGAUCACUGGAUGUAUUGCAGUUGGCAUCACUUACCUCCUUACAGAAUAUCAAGUACGGCUAAAUACGACUACCCUGGGUCACAUUAUUUACAUUUAUUGGAAAGACAACCAAAAGAAUAUGUUAUUCAUCCUGACUUAGGUUAA